AUGUAAAACAAUCAAUUUAAACAAGAAGAGAGUUUUGAAAAACUUAAACAAAUAAUAAAUGGAGUCAAUCAACAGCGGAAAGAAAUUACAGAUUUAAUUAACAAAAAUCCAAAAGCAGAAGUUUUAUUGGUUGGUCUACUGUUUAAUGAAUAAAUAAAAUAUUUAUAAUAUUUAUUUCUAUUAUCUUCUAAUUCUAUUAAAUUUAUUUAAAGUUGAAUUUUUAAACUUUAUAAAAAGAAUAAUAUUUUAAGGAUGACAUUGUAGUUAGAGGAGUGGUUGGAGGAGUGGUUGGAGGAGUGGUUGGAGGAACAGUUGGAACAGUAGGUGGAGGAACAAUUGGAGGAGUUGUUGGAGGUGUUGUAGGAGGACCACCUGGAGCAGUAGUAGGAGCUGUUGUUGGAUAAAUAGCAGGACCAAUAGUAGGAACAAUAAGUGGAGCAGUCAUAGGAGCAGUUUCAGAAGUGAGAGAAACAGUAAAGAAAUCAGUAGUAGGAGCAGUGGUUGCUGUGGGAUUCGUUGCAAAGACAGCUGUUAAAUUUUUACAAAAUGAUUGA